AUGAGUGCUGUCCAAGAACAAACUGUCAAUGAAAACAAACGAGAAACUCUAUUUUUAUCUUUAAUUACACAGACAAAUGGAACAACAACAAUCAAUGAUGAACUUAUUAAUAAAAUACAUAUUGAAGAAUAUGAAGCAAAUGACAGUCGACAUUUAAUACACUUAAUUAUCAUUAUUAUUGUUUGUUUAUUGAUGUUUACUUUAACAAUAAUUGGAAAUCUAAUUGUUAUACUUGCCAUUUCUCUUGUACAAAAAUUAAAAACAACAUCAAAUAUACUAAUUUUUAAUCUUGCUGUAAAUGAUCUUGUAGUCGGCUUAUUUAUUAUGCCAGUGGCUUUGAUACUUGAAAUAUCUAAUGAAUGGAUAUUAGGUUCAGUCAUGUGUGAUCUAUGGACAUCAAUUGAUGUUCUUUUAUGUAUUUCAUCAGUACUUAUUACUCUCAUUAUAGUAAUUCAUCGUUAUUGUAUUAUUAAAUAUCCAUUUAAAUAUACUUCAAUGCAUAAAAUUAAAUUCCUUAUAUUCAUGAUGGCCAGUGUCUGGAUAGUCAGUGCACUUUUUUCAUUACCACCAAUCCUGGGCUGGGGACGUCCUUCAGAUAGCCUUCCAAUUUGUCAAGUAAAUCCAAAAUUAGCAGAUCAAAUAUUUUCAAUACUAGUUGGAUUUUACACACCCACUAUUGCAAUGCUAAUCAUCUAUGUUAAAACCUAUCGAAUAGUAGUAAAUCGUCGAUCAAGUUUUCAAAUGUCUCCAUUUUUAACACAUAAUACUACAUCAGCAAAUGUUGAACAAGCAUCACGAAAUGAACAAGCAGUACGUAUUCUUGGUGUAAUGGUUGGAUUACUUAUUAUUUGUUGGAGUCCAUUUAUGUUAUAUGCAAUAAUAAAGCCUUUGCAUGAGCAUAUAACAGGUUUAACAGGCACACCCAAAUCAUUGAAUGCACCUGCCUGGAUUGAUUCAGUUUUAUUGUGGUUUACUUAUUCAUUGUCAAUGUUACAUCCACUAAUUUACAUUAAAUUUGAUCGAGAUUUUCGAACAUCAUUUCAUGAAAUCAUUUGUUGUCGUUUGAAAGGUUUAAAUGAAAAAAUUCAACAACAAGAAUAA